UGAUCUGUUUGCUUUGGUCACUUAACAUGACUACAAACCUGCCUCAGGCUUCAUAACUAAGUUAGCCUUGGUCCUUACCACUUCUCAUCAAGAGGGGCUUCGGAAGACUUUGUUCAAAUAUUAAUUUAUUUGCCAAGUAGUUCCUCACAAAAGUAUUUUCCUACAAUACAUAAAUCAAACGGAGCGUGGUUCUGCUGACGUGAGACACGGAAGACGAAGGGUUGUUGCAAUUUAGAAAUUACAGAGACAAAACAAUUCCCCGUAUUCAAUAAGAACCGGCCGGAUUUAUAUUUGCGAAGCCUGGCAUCAGUUUCAUACUUGGUUAAAAAUACACCUUCGACAUUCAUCAUAAAGUAGCUGGAUUCUAGUAGUUUGCAAAUAAACCACACACUAGAAGAAGACCUCUUGACAGCAGCAUAUAUUAUUCAAGGGUUGUUCCUGCCCAACAAGUUUAGUUUAGUGGAUUGCAUUGAAGUGAAUUUGGAUUAGCAAACGACUGCUAUACCACAAUUUUGGGGACAACUUGUGAAGAGCAAUCGAUACUUGAUUGGACUGCUGCUGCUGGAACUCAACUAUUUCAAUGUCCAUCAGAAGGACGGAGCAGAAUAGAAACUUGACUUAUUGAACAGGCACAUUUUCUCACAGUCCUGUUGUUGGAGUAGAGCUGUCACUGUCCCCGUUACACAAGUUGCGAAUUCCCUUGCCUUGCAACCCAACCGGAGGAGUAAUAUCUCAUUUCUCCAUUUGCCAACCUUGCAACAUCCCAAAAGGGAAGUUUAAGGGCACCACUUUUCAGCAGAAAAAGGAGAAAUGUCUUUCACUGAGACCCAAGUUAUUCACAACCUUAGCCAAUCGCCGUCCAGGAGCAUUGUCGGGUCCUUCAUCUUAGGGAACACUAAGACUGGAAUUGAGGGAGAUGAUAAAGGACUGAUUAUGACACUUGACAGUAAGCUGGGAGACGUAAUUAAACCGAUUAACGUGCUCCCACCACCACCUCCCAGCAGGAUUCCAGUAGUCACCUCCCACCAGUUUUGCGGCCUUUCUUCCCUCUCUGGAUGGCUGUUGCGAGCCUUGUCUUAUUUCCAGAAUGCUCACUUAGCCAUUGUCUCAUUUACAAAUAAUAUGGAUGAGACCAUUCAGAAGAAAGUUGCUCACAUUUUGCCCCUCUUCCUGUAUUUGAGUCUCCUGGUUCUGGCAGUUCAAGGCGUCGUGAUCAUGGUUCUCUUAGCCCAAUCUCUCCUCCCCCUGGGAAUGUGGUUUCUCAUGACGUGCAUCUCUUGCAUGGGGGGCAUUUUCUGCUCAACGUCUGUCAUAACGGAGUAUGACAAACCUUAUGCAAAAAGGACUCACAUCGAAUAAAUUAUAUAUUUAGUUAACAUUCACAAUAUCACUUUACUAUUUUGUAUCCUACGCGUAAUUACUUAUAAUCAUUAUAUAAAGUUGUCUAAGCGCCAUUUAGAUUUAUAUGCUAUUGAAUGAACAACCAGCAAAUCCGGCGGUUGUAGAUUUGUACUAUUGUUAUAAAUGUACCAAAUGAACGAAUUUUCUCAGAUUUAUUUAAUUAACUAAUUUAUCCAGUACAUUCACACAAAGUUACCCCGCAUCUACGAGCAAGUUUAAAUUACUUAUUUGAAGCAAUACUAUACCUACGAAUGCUUGACACUUUCAUUAAAACAUCAUUUGGUUUGAACUAAACAAUUGCCGAUUUACUCUGUUGGAGACAUUUUGGAGAUAAUUGGAAAACAGAUUUAAAGAACAUAAUUAAAUAUAUACCCAAAAGACUCUUGUAUCGUUUUUUGUAUAAUUUUUUAGGGUAAAGUGUGUGCUCCUAAUUUCUAUACGUUGCAAAAUACCAAAUGUUUAGAGGCAGUAUAAUAUGAAGGAUAUUUAAGGCCACAAAUUUCUGAAAUGCUGUAUCACAACUAAUAUGUAUUAUAUAUAAUGUUGGUGGUCUGAUUGAUUUCUAGUGCUUUGUGUGUAUAAAUCUCUGUGAUAAUAAUAUGCAAAUGUAAUAGAUGUUCCUAUAAUUUAUCGGUAAGGUAAAAACCACAAAUCAAGUCCAAAUUUUCAUUUGUAAAUGAAAACUUUUUCAAUACACAAAUAUAAGGUUAGCAAGUGUAAAAGGAGGUCAAUUGAGAAUAUGCGAACAAUAAAUGACGAAGAAUUUCAAGCUGA